CACACGUUGACUGUGUUAGGUCACUCGCUUAGUCAGCUUUCGUUUUAGUUCUGCGUUCGAACGUUCAUGCGCUCACGACGAACUAAAACUGCACUUUACUCAAUCGGUGUAAAUGCUACAUGUAGCCUCGGGGACCGAGGGGUGGCCAAUUCAAUUGACACUUUCAACAAUGAUGCUUAUCCCAAUUCAUGGACUCCUUCACUUUACACCACUUGGACUCGGGGAGUUGACAGGACUUACGGGUCAGUGUCAUCCAGAUGCUACGGUGUCAAUAUCGGCGAACUUCUUGUCCUGGAACACCCGCCUUUUCCCGGAAGUAUCCGACGCAGUUGACGAGUAGAAGUUCUGAACCCAACGAACAUGGCAAUAUAUGGCGGCGAGCUCGAGCGGCUAGAGACCCAUUACAGUGCCUUUAUUGUAAGCGACUUAUACUUUUUUAAAUGUUGACGGUGCCCGAACUACACUUGUAAGGAAUUGCUGGAGCUCCGACCUGGACUCGAUGGGGUCCGUUUACCUGUCCCUUUCUUGGAAGUUUCCUCGGGAAUGUCUGCUAGCCGUGAGCACUGCUAGGUGCCUCUGAAUCAUUGCAUGAUCAUUUUUUCCAUAUGUUGCUAAUGUGACGUUAGCUAUGUCAUGCGUGUUGUUCAAUGGGCACGGACGUCCAGGAUUAGAAUAAACCUCGACCUCCAUAUCACCCCUGGAUCUCAGAACG